AUGCUGGUGGGCGCGUUCGAGCACACGUCGAGCGAACGCGCGCUGCUCGCGGCGGGGGUGCGAACGGUGAUAAACGCGGUGCCGAGCUGCACGCCGUGCUGCAGUGGGAAGUAUUUGAGCGUGGUGACGCUGAACGCGAGGGAACCGCCGGAGAGGGGGUUGGAUUUUAGACACGCGUGCGAGCGCUUGCAGGCGCUGCACGCGCGGUCGGCGAGGGCGUACGAGUCUUAUCCGAUGAGAGUGUUGGUGUAUUGCAUGAGCGGGCGGUCGAAGGCGCCGUCGGUGGCGGUGGCGUACGUGAUGUUUAAGAUGCGGAUGAGCCUGACGGCGGCGAAGGCGUUCGUGGAGGGACGGUAUCCGGGCGGGCACAGAGGGAUGCGGCUGAAACGCGAAGACGAGGAAGCGCUCGAGGCGUUCGAGCGCGAGCUCGCGGAGAAUCCGCCGGACGCCAUGCCGGAGGGGCAAUAG